AUGGGAAAUUGCGUAAUGCAUGAGUCUCAAGUGGAAUGGGGAGGAGAAGACUGGACGCCGGCGUUGAUGACCGACGUCGAAAAAUUAGCCAUGAAAAUGGAAGAAGAUGGACUAGCAAGUGGCAAAAGAGGAGGAUGUUCGACGUCGAAAAUAAAAGAGGUGAAGGUGAAGGUAACAAAGAAGCAAUUGGAGAAAUGGUUAAGGAAGAUGGAUAAGCAAAGAAAAAGCUGUUGUGUUGAACAAGCUUUGAAGCAAUUGAUGAAAGUUAGUGUUCAUUGUGAGACUCAUCAGAGGUCUUGGAAACCUUGUUUGCAAAGCAUUCCUGAAUAUUGA